AUGUUCUUUAGAGAAACAAGAGUAACAGAGGCUGACAUUGAGGAGAUAUUCAACCAAAUCAGAGAUGAGCUGAAGAAGAAGAGUGAUCAUGGGGAGUUCAUUAUCUCAUGCCACAUUAAGGGCAUUGAAUUCACCCAUGCACUAUGUGAUACAAGAGCAUCAGCCAGCAUCCUACCAAAGGUUAUGGCAGACCACCUAGGUUUGAAGGUAGAACCUACAAAGGAAUUCUUUUGCUUUGUAGAUUGUUCCAGGAAGAUUUUUUUAGGAAUCAUCAGAGACCUUGAGGUACAGAUUGGCAAUGCCCUAGUUCCAGUUGACUUCCAUGUCCUAGACAUCAAGUUAAAUUGGAACUUUUCUUUACUACUUGGAAGAGCAUUCUUAGCCACUGUUGGAGCUGUUUGUGAUUUGCAAACAGACAAGGUGUGUUUGACACUAAUCAACCCAAAGAUUUGCUAUGAUCCAGUCAAAGUUGUCAAGCCACAAACAUCCUGUAAACAGCCUCCAAAUGAAGCUAAACUCGUAGCAACAUGCUACUGUGAAGUCGAGUACGAAACAGAGUACUCGGAAUCGAUCGACACUCACACAGAGUCAUCGAUCGAUACUGCUAAUCCACAAUCGAUCGACCAGUCUGUCAUCACAUCGAUCGAUUCAGGCGACAGUUUUCACUCCACAUCGAUUGAUAGUACACCUAUGUACGAAGCUGAUCACUUUUCCGGUGACUAUUCUGUUGGGAGUUGGGAAACAGACUACUACCAGCCUACAUACGCAAUGGAGACAAAUGAAGAGGAGCAUGAUGAGGACUACAUAAGGAAACAGAAAUAG